AUGAUGCUGGGAGUGAUGGAAAAGGAGGAGGGUGGGGGGGAGGAGGAAGAGGGGGGAGAGGAGGAAGAGGAGGGAGAGGAGAGAGAGGAGGAAGAGGAGGAGGGGGAGAGGGAAGAGGAGGGUUACGGAGCGAGAGGGCACGGAGAAAUAACUGAUGAUAGAAGGGUAGGCGAGAGAGGGGUGAGUGUUGACAGGAGUUGGUUAAAUGCAACAGCUUUCUGUCAUGCCAUGCGUGCAUUGCUCAAUGCUGAUUGGCCGCUGACUGCGUUCAGACGUGCUGACAUGGACACUGAGUCCUCACCAGCUGGCAACCGUCGUGCGUCACCUUCUUUGUCUUCUUUUGGUCGAGUGUCAGAUGCUGCAUCAGCACUUGCCUCCCGGAUGGCAGCAGUCGGAGUCAUGCCGAACAGGCAAUUUUGUCUUCUUCUGGUGGAGGCAUAUCUGAGGGACGGAAGGGUGGAGGAAGCGGAGGAGGCGUGUGAGAGAGUGAGGGAGGAGGGGUGGAAGGUUCCUGGGAAGGUUCUAAAAAGGGUUGUGCGAGCUUGGGCGAGGGAGGGGAGAGCAGGGGAGGCAGAAGAGGGGGUGAGGGAGAUGGUGAAGCAAGGGGUCCAAUUGGAUGUUGCCACGUGUAACAGCAUGAUUGGGCUGUAUGCUCGUGUGGGGGCGUAUGACAAGGCAGGGCGAGUGUGGGAGUGGAUGGAGGAGAAUGGGGGAGAAGAGGAGGAGGAAACGGGAGGGGAGUGGGGAGAGAGAGGAGCGGAGUGGGAAGAGAAAGGAGGAGGAGAAGGGAGGAGGAAGAGGAGAAGAGGCAAUGAUUGCACUCCAACGGAGGCAACAUAUCGUGCUCUCAUUCGCAUGUACACCCAUGCGGGCAUGCCCAACGAAGCCAUCCACGUGCUGCAGGCCAUGAGCGCUCGCGGCCUCCCUUGGAGGGAUGGCCUCCUGGCAUCUGUCAUUCGCUGCCUCGCUGCUGCUGGCAGGUGGAGAGACGCUGAAGGCCUAUUUCACGAAGCACAGCGCAUGGCCCAAGCCCUCGCUAAUGAAUCUUUCGCCGAACCAGCACCGCAGGCUUGGCCCGAACUUGCGGUCUGGAGGAAUAUUCAGCUUGGACCUGCAGCUUUGGAAAUGAGCCUGGUGCCUGGUGCUGCUUUGGGAACGAAAGAGCUGGAGCUUGCAGGGAGGGAGGAGCAAGGGGUGGGCGCUAGUUUGGAAUUGAACGAACCAGAGCCUGUUGCGAGGGAGAAGCAGAAGGAAGUGUUGGGCGAGCAGUCGUACAAGGCUUUGAUGGGUGCUUACCAACGGGCAGGGCAGGCAGCGAAGGCUGAGGAGCUGCUGCUGGCGAUGGAAAAACGAGGUAUACCCCUGACAGCCGACCUCUACCACAUGGUCAUGGACGCACAUGGCAGGGCGGGCAACACAGCGGCUGCAGAGGCCAUUCUGGAUCGACAGCUUGAUUACAUUAGGCAACCGGCUGCCGAACCACCUGCCGUACCUUCGGCCGAACCAUCUGCCAAUUCAUUUGCCGAACCUUCCGCCGUACCACCUGCCGAACCAUCUUCCAUUCCAUCCUUCUCAGCAUCAACCCCAGCAGUAAUGAGCUUGAGACUAGGUGACGAUGUCACCUCAGCAUCAGAUGCCAUGUCAGCCACAGGUGCCACGUCAUCCACAAGUGCCACAUCAGCAUCAACAGCCACCCCACCAUUAGCACCGCCCAGGCCAGACAUCGUCCAGCUCACCUCCCUUGUGCACGCGUACCUGCGGGAGGGAAACUCCCAGGAAGCAGCAGUGCGGGUGCGGCAGAUGCGAGAGCUGGGGCUGGUCCCUACCUACAAGACAUGGGCCACGGUGGUGGGCGGUGCAGCGCGGUGCAGAGAUCUAUCAGACUGCUCCUCUCUGCUGGAAGCCCUCUCCUUUGUGGGGUUCGACGUUCCUGAGAGGCUACUCCUCCAAUGUGACGACGACACCUGGACGGACAUCGACAGUCUGCUGACGUGGCUGCUGGCGAGGGAUGCCAUCUCGAGCGGAGCAAUGAUUGCAGAGGGAAGCAAGGCUGGGAUUGGUCAAGCAAGGGGCGCUGGGGAGGGGAGUGUAGGGAGGAACACAGAGGGAAGUGCGGCAGAGGGGGGUGCAGCAAGCAAGGUCAGCCAAGCCAACGAAGGCAGUGCAGCGAGGAGCACAGUGAACGUGCUGGUGGAUCUGCUGUGGUGCUUCGGUCAGCAAGCCAGGGCCCACCGUCUCUUCCUCCUCUCAAUCCGUCGGGGAGUCUAUACGCGAUUCACUGCUCGGGUUGCGCCUGAGGACUGGAAGCUGGAUGUGCGCACGCUCUCCCCUGGUGCCGCUCUAGUUGCUCUGCACCACUGGCUAGACAUGGUCCAGGACGCUGCUCUCCAGGGUGUUCCAGCGCCCCGCCACGUCAGCAUCGUGACAGGUGGCAUGCUGCAGCGCGUCACCAGCAGCAGCAGCGGUGGCAUGCCAGGUGGCAGCGUGUCAUUGAAGCGCACCUUGCGCAGCUGGCUGUGGGCCAUGGGGGCUCCGUUCCGGUCUGACGAGGAAAGGGAGGGCGUGCUGACAGCUAAAGGGUAUUCUGUGGAGAGAUGGGUCAAGCUGUCAAGAUCUAUCCUUGGAAGACUCACCAUAUCCUACACCACUUAA